UAGCUCAACGUAAAACUUGCAAAAGCUAUAAUAGUAGACACCAAGUGUCAAGCAUAGAUUUCCUGCCAGAAAUUUAAGAAAAGUAUAUCGACUGCAGAAUGGCUUGCAGAUAGUUGUCGGAUAUCCUUAAUUUGCUGCUACCGGGCUUCGCGUGCAGAACGUAUACAGAAACUACACGCAAACUUGACAGUGCAACAGUGAAGUAACAUUUAUUCGUAACAAACAAUCGGAAACGUUUGGUAGUUUCCCUAACAAAAAAAAAACAAAGACUUUUUAUAAUUGGCAUUAGGAGAUCCGCAAAAAGACUUUCUAUUGCAACUAUUUAGCUACUGCAAAGCAGGUAUAAACCACUAUAAUGAGCAAUCGAGACAGUAUCAGUCUGGCCAAACUGAAGGGACAGAAGUGGAAAGCGUUUGCCGAAUUGACGAGUAAACUAAUCGGAUUAGAUUCCGACGAUGAGGACGUUCCAAUCAGCGAGUUUACCAGCGAGCACCGCAAAUCCAGCAAAAGUCACGGCAGCCACCACAAGAACUCAAAUAAAUAUUACUCAUCUACGUUCGCUGCAUCGGUGAUGUCGUUGGGCGCAACCGGUUGCAGCAGUGCAGCGAGAAGCGGAAUACACAGCCGCCAUAAGGGCAGCGUUAUGCGAUUGGACAAGGCUGACAUGGGUCUAUACGGGUUGUGUCCGGAGACAGAUCCGUUCUAUGCCGUUAUCUGUGAUAUUUGUGGCAGUGUGGUCAAACCGCAAGGCCUCCAGAAACACAUGAGUAAUCGACACCAUUCCCACUACAGCCAUGCCUCUAAGAGCGUAUCAUCGUCGGCAUCGCAUAGCGGUCGGGAUCAUCACUCUUACAGUGACACACCGCCCCGAAGUAACAGCAACAGCGGGGACUCCUGCCGGACAGAUAAAGUGCAUCAGUCCAACAGCUCUUCCAAGCACGACGAUCUGGAUAAUACUCCAUUGAAAGCUCGUAGCAGCGGCCUAAGUUCCAAAAUAAAAGGGAAAAAUGGCAAGAGCGUAUCUUCCUUUCACAGUUCCUCCCACCACAAUGGAAAACCGGGCAGUUCCAGUGGUAGCAGUUCGAAAACGUCCAUACACGAGACUAAUCCACCGACUGAAGCUAACAGCAACAUGGUUCUCAGCUCUCGGGAUCAGCAAAAGCACGAAUCUAUUUCUUCGCAAACUGCCACACUCAGUGGCCUUUUGGACAAAAAAGGUUCUUUAUCUUCUACCUCAUCCGGAGUUAGCAGCGACAGCACUUCAUCCCACAACAUCAACAGCAAUAGCAAUCCAUCGCCGUCGGGAAAGGGGGGAAAGCGGAGCAGCUCCAAGCUUGCAUCAUCCGCUUCAUCUUCCUCAUCGUCCUCGUCGUCCUCUUCAUCAUCUUCAUCGUCGUCUUCGUCGUUCAGUACCACCAGUGGCAACGGUGGUAGUAGCAGCAGUAGCAGCAGUAGUAGUAGCAGCAGCAGUACUUCUAUACAUACGAGCAGUAAACUGCCGUCUUCCAGCAGCGAACGGAAAAGCGAUCACCGAAGGGAGUACGACCCGGACAGGCACUGUGGUGUAACUUCCAGCGACGGCAAACGGCGCUGCACACGGACUCUCAACUGCAAGUCGCAUUCCGUUUCAUUGCGCCGGGCCGUACCGGGCCGAAGCAAGAGUUUCGACAGGCUUCUGUCCGAGCAGAAAUCUGUUUCCGUGGGUCAGGACGAGAACUACAUCGAUGUGGAAUCAUCCAGCAACUCUUCGUCCGGUUUCGAUGCAGACGGCCGCGCGCGAACCACGUUGGCUGCCGUUGGAGUUGACAAUUUGAACUCAUCAGAACAUCUUUCCUUCACCCCAGAGAAAUCUAGUCCCCGCAACGAGAGUGCACCUUCAACUCCCGGUAGCCUCAAGGCGGCCAGCAGUUCCAGCUUAAUAUCUUCGCCGUCGUCAGCAGUAUCAAAGUCUGCUGAUUUCAAAAACGAACGUUCGCGACACAAGCAGCGUUCGUCGACUCACUCGAAGUCUGCGGGCUAUCAGCAAGAUACAUCGGUAGCGUCAAGUUCGAACUCUGAACAAACUUCCCUCAAAAACCCUGCUGUCUUACGGGCGAGUAAGACUCAAAGGGAGCAGCCUCUAACGAUUCCUUCGGCUGCAGAACUUCUCGCGCAUCACUUCGUAGAAGAAAAUCCCAACACCGUUCUAUCGGACGCUACCAUCGUGAUGGAUCCCAACACAAAUCUUCUCAAGCUGUCUGUAUCCGGCACGUUGCAUCCCACCAAUGAGAACGAAACACCGGAAGAAUCUAUUCAACAGUUUGCGGCUAACUUGAUGCAGGAGCAACAACUAACCGUAACGGUCCCCCUAUCUGUGAUAUCAUCGAUGAACAUUUCUGGAAACAACAUGGUUAAUGUCAAUGCCGGAAGCGAUGAUCCUAGUGCGAUUACCUCGACCACGGCCAGUUUGAAUGAAGCGACAACCGUGGCGAUGCAAGCAGGACAAAUUCUCGCCGCAGGCGCCUCCGCCGGAGACAAUGAUCUGGCAAGAGCUGACCAAUUCAUCCCAGCGGAGUUGAUCAAUCAACUUCCGCUGGUACAAACGACAGCAGAUGGGACUGAAAUCCACGAUCCCAACCAGUACAUUACUGCAUCCACAGGUCAAGAGCUAGGCGAUCAUGCGUUGAUCUCAAACUACAACGAUCAGAUCAAUUACACAAUUCAAACGCUAGCACAAAACCUGCACAACGCGGAACACAUCGCUGCUGGCCAAGCAUUGACGACCGAUUUAGCGGAAAGCAUUGACGACAUCGUCCCAACCAUCAACCUGCUACCGGCAGCCACAAAUCCACUUGUGCUACCGCAAUUGCAAGCCGAUUUGGCCGAUUCUAUAAUCCUAACCCCGAACCAAUUGUCGUCAAUUUCGCAGUCCUUAGUUGAUCAACAUUUCAUAGAAAAUGUAACGCUAAAGUCCGAACUUGAGCUGCUUACUGUGAACACUCCCGUGGACAUUUCCAAAAUAAAUCUGCUACGAACGGUUGACGGUGACUUCAUCAAGGAGCGUCAGCAGCAACAGCAAGCGAGCAACGUUAUGUACCAUGCCCAAAUCGACGAGUUCCGUGGUGUUAAAAUGUGGUACAGCAACCUGCCGAAACCGUUGCACGUCAACAACUUCCAGCUGCGCCGACUAGGAGGUGGCUAUGUUAUGAACCGAAAGUUGCUCAACAUUCGUAAAAACCUCGUCAACGAAUCGAACAAUCUAUCCAAAUCGCUCAACUCACAACUAUCUCCGAUAGGGGGUCCUCGCAGUGCGCUCAACUUCAACAGUUCGAGCGCACGUUCCGGAGACCAUUUGCUAUCGCCGAUCACCGGACUAGGCAAAAGCAAAGAUUCUAACGGUGGAAUGGGGCUUUCUAGUUCGCCGGUAGGAAACCGCCCUGGCCAGGUUAACCGUGGCCAAAGACGACUGAUACUGCCACAGGCUUCGAUAAAGAAACCAACGGAAAAGACUUCUUGUUUGCUAAGUAAUGCUUACUUUAAGAAUCUUAUUAGUUCAAUGCAGCAACAGCAGCAGCAGCAGCAACAUCAACACCACAACGCUAACCACCAUCUCCCCAUCGCAGUAACGUCAUCCUGCCUAAAGCGGCCCGCUUCCUCGUUAACAUCACUGUCGAACAAGCGGCUUAAAAUUAUCAAUAACCUCCAGAAUUCAACUGCCCCGCCGCAGAUGCUACUGCAAAGUGGAAGCGGCAGCGGUAAAGUGAAGCCCAAAGUGUUAUAAUUGGUGAUUAGGAUCUACCCACUCGACGACGACAGAUUCGAAGGCGACACCGACGACAGUGAAUAGACAGAGAGUUCCGUAGAUCCGGAAGCACUCAAACUUUACUGACACACAAACAAAAACAAACACACACUUUGCUAGACGCUUAUGGUUAUGUGUACUUUCAAUAGGUACAGCGCAUUACUUUACCGCUGUUGAUUCAGCUUGCUACUCUGGACGGUUGGCGCGAAAACGGGAAUAUAAUGGACUGAAGAAAAAAAAAAGAUUUAGUAAUGUUUGUCUCUACGUAUAAUAUACAUAUAAAUAAUCAAACAAAAAUGAUAUCGAACAAAUCAGCGAUAGAUGCCAAUGUCACUUUAGGGACGCACUUGGGAUCCUCGUAUUCUAUUAUCUGGAUAUAAAUUAUAUGAGAACCCAACGUAUUGAUGUACGGCCUCCAAGCGUGAGGCACCUUACUUUAACGACUAUAAUUUAUUUUUAACAGAAUUGUGUAGAAAUCAACCAAAUAACAAAGCUUUAUUUGUCACAAUAUAAACUGAUUUUCUUUUAUUAUUUAUUUUACCAUUCUGUAUUAGUGUGCGUAGAUUCCUUAUUAAUGCGUCCCUACUGCAGCAGAUAUCAUUAAAUGUAUGGCGCGUUCUCUGCUUGGGUUGAUGAAUAGCUCCAUAAACUACUCUAUAGAAUCGUAAUCCAUUUAACCUACUACUGGUAUAUUUUACAUUAUCCGAGUGAUAGUAAGCUUGAAGCUGAAAACGUAAACUAGUGAAGAGAAAUAUAGAAGCUCGUAGUAAUGAAGUAAUGAAUAUACAUAACGGAACUUUCUCCCGCAGUAAAUGAAGCAUUAUCAAUUACUCACUGAAUUGCAGGCAAAGCUAAAUGACAAAACAAAACAUUGAAACUCUGUAAAAUUAGUCCGUUUUUUGUAAUGAGUCCAAAU